AUGCUGCUCAUUUACGGCAAGGGUGAGAGAAGUAUUUCAGCAGACUACGAGAGGAAGCGCAGAAAGCCGCCAAAGCAAUCUGACUUUUCCGUCCCAUUUAAUCUGUUCAAUAUCCCUGAGAUACACCAUUCCAUCGCAAGAAAGACAGAGUUGGUGGAACUGCGGAGGUCGCUUACUGCAGAUGGAAGUCGGCGCGUGGUGGUAAUCCAGGGUCUUCAAGUUAUCGGCAAGACGCAGCUUGCGGUCGUAUAUGCGGAACAAUACAGAGAGCACUACUCCGCCGUGUUUUGGCUGAACAUCAAGGACCACGUUUGGGUCAAACAAAGAUUCGUCGACGGUGCAAGGCAGAUAUUGGGAACCACGACGAGGUCGUCGAUGCCGCCAAGGCUUGGCUGA